AUGGAGUCCACUGAUGCCAGCACUAACUACAACGCGCACGCAGCAUCAGCAUUUAACUUGGCUGAGCGAGAGGAACGCCUGGUCGCCUCCCUCGAGGCCUUCCUGCAUGCCUGGGCGGAAGGGAAACGAAAAGACGACAGAUGGCACCCAGUGUCAUCCACGACUACAGCAGCAAUGGUCGCACGAGAAGAUGAGCAGCAGCAGCGCGCCGGCUCACAGCCCCAUCCGAUGCUCUGUGCAAGCAACGGCGAUGCGGCAUUGCAUACAACUGCUCGAAUGGCGGCAACGCCCUCCACAUCCACCUCGACGAUGGAGUAUCUCGCCACACUGCCUCCCUGCCUUCCUGUCCCACUGCCACGCAGCUUUAGGCCCAAUGAGAUGAUGCCUGGCGUCUAUCUCGGGUCGUGGAGCGACAUUGGCAUCAACGUGCUUGAACUAGCACGGCGUCUUAGUGAUGCGUCGACCAGUACGUACGAGUCCUCAUUGUGCCCAGGCUCUCGGUCGCGGCAACGUCUCGUGCUACUGGUGCGCGCCUGUCCACUGAAGGGAAUCGUUACACCACGACUAGAGCUGCGCGUGACGUGGCGCCGCGAAGGCGCGCGGCGCUCUCGCCUCUCCACAGGAAAAGCGGUCCCUGCUCCAGCCAGGCUGCUGCAGCAGCCGUCAAAACGGCCGCUCGCCACGCACAGCGGGCAGCGUCCCGACGAGGACGUUGUGGUGUCGCACAUGUCCCUCAACGAGGUGUACAAGCGCGUGUGUGCGGCGGUGGCGACGGAGGCAGCAGAUCCGACAGUUGCAGCUGGCGUCAGACGCGCCGAAGUUAUGGCGUCACGAGAAAGCGAGGACUAUCACCACGCAGGCCCUAGAACCGGCGCUUCCUCAAGCGCCAUAUCCUCGGGGGUCAGCACAGUUGCCAGGUGGCUCUGCCCAGACUCGCCGCUCUCCUCCCCCUCGCGGAGUGCGUUACCGGACAGGGCAACAGCGGCCAAUGUUCCGUCCGGCUGCACACCAGCGGACUGGCGUGUGUUUGUGAGAGCAAUGCAGUGUGUGUUGACGGAGGAGGCAUCGGUGUACACACCGGCGGGCGCUGCGUUGAAAAGGGAAGAGGUCGCCGAGACUGCUGCUGAAGCGGCACACUGCCGCUGCUCAGGGAAGGCGACGGCGGAACUUCGCUACUGGCGCCUCAUUCUCCCAAUCCUCGACUCCCCUGGAACUCGCAUGCAGCACUACACUCCCAUGACAACUCUGAUCAUGCACGCUGCUCUGGCACUUGAGGAGCACCCGCAGGGACGCGCGUGGCUGCAAGGGCAGCAGCGGCAGGUCGUCCGCAACAAUGCACCGGCGAGCGAUGGCCGUGCUGUGGUGGUGGACAUCGCCGGCGAUGUGGGCAGGUGUGAAGAAAAGAGUGCUGGCGCUGCCGAGGCGAUCGUCUUUCCCUGUGUGGCUGUGCACUGCCAGGCCGGCAAGUCACGCUCCGCUGCCUUUGUGGCCGCCUUCUUACUGCACGAAUGGAUGUGGUGGUACCGCGGCUGCUACCCCCUCAUCACUGCAGGCACGGCCACCAUUACAGCAGAGCAGCAGCAGCAGCAGCAACGUAGUCGGCAAGGCAACAUCGCGCGGCGCCUCGUCGACACUGUUCUGUCUCACCUGCGCCGCCGCCGUCUGUGCAUCGACAUCAACCUGGGCUUUGACGCGCAGCUGUGGGAGAUGAUGGGCGCCUUUGUGCGGAGUCUCUGA